UGAAUAAUAUAUACGACUGUUUCAUCUUCGUUAAGUUGCAGGUAUACAUAGCCAGCAUCAUGAAUUUAAAAUACUUCGUAACGUGCGUUAUGAUAUUUAUAAUUUAUCAUUGUUCUGUAAAGUGUGAAGAAUAUUCAACAGAUAUUUUGACCAGGGAAAACCAUUCUUAUACAUUCAUGUACGAUACACCAAACGGCAUCAGACAGGAAGAAACAAGGACCUGGAAUGACAAUUCAACUGACAGUUUGACAGUAGUUGGAUCGUACGAGUACGCAUCGAAUGGUGUUGUUGUAAAGGUUACGUAUGUUGCUGACAAAAAUGGCUACAGACCCAAAGUUCGUGUCUUACAAAAGGCAGAAUUAGUACCACCAGCUCCUAUGGGAGUGGGCUAUGCUGUAUAUGUCUCAACAAGGUUAUCUCCAGCUACACUGGCUUCACUCAGCGGCGGAGGGCUAGGAUGAGUCAAAUAUGUCCGAAUAAUGCUGGGACCCCAUUAGCCAACACGUCACGCCAUGCCACCCCACGUUUUUCCAUUUAAUUACAUGUAUUGCGUACACACUAGGCAACACACCAUCCCACGCCAUUGUGAUUUGUCUGCCCCAGAUCUCAUGUGCACACUCUUUCCCAAAUCGCAACACGUGGGCUCACGUGGGCCCACGUAGGAUAGCGCGGUGUCGCGUGGCGUGUAGCAUGUGGCCUAAUGGGGUCCCGGCUUAAUUCAGUCAGUGUCGUGAUUAGAAUUAUUACGUAGAAUAUAAAAAUGUAAUAAAAUUAAUACAUUGUAGACUCAGAUGCUAAAAAACGCAACGGAAGAUAUUUUGGUCAAGUUUAAAGUAUUAUAUUUUU